AUCAUAGAUUACCAGGGUUUUUUCUAAUUGUACACUUUGCCUGUUAGUUCGUUAAAUUACUGUUUCCUGGAUGUGUACAACACAAGAACACAGGAAUAUGUAUCACUCGGAAGGACUACGUUAGUAAAGCUUUAUUAAGGCCUGUGGUUGUUUACAUCAGUAAUUCUCGCGAGACUACAAUGAAGUUAUGACGAAAGCGUUGUUAUGAUUACAUACCAUGCUUGCUUUAUAGUCGAUUUAUUAAUUAAAAAUGUUAUGCUUAAGCAUUAUAAAACAACUUGGUAGUGAUGAUGAAUGUUUUGUGUUUUGUGAAGUGCAAUACUAUAUAUGAGAUUUUUUUUUUGAGGCGGAGCUAAUUUGGCGCACUUAUAGCGCGGGAACUUCGUACAUCCAAGUAGUAGACGCGCCAAGAGAGCGUAGUACAAGUCCUGGGAUCGUAACGUUACUGUAGUCAACUCUAGUCAUGGUCUUUUAGAUUAGUUGGCAAAUCAUUUGACUAUAGCAUAUAUAAAUUCGUGCACGCCUUUGACCGAGAAAACUCUGCCAACAUGCCCGUCCUAGAAGUUACAGAUGCAGCUCCAGUGUCUCCAUCAAAGAAGCCACGGACAGAAACAAAUCUUACAGAGGAGAGACCUGUCCUCAGAUUCGCCAGGCUUUCUAAUCAUGCUACAACACCGACCAGAGGAUCAUCUAAAGCUGCAGGAUAUGACCUGUACAGUGCAUAUGAUUACUCCAUUGGUUCCAUGGACAAGGCCAUUGUGAAGACAGACAUUCAGAUAGCAGUUCCCCAUGGCUGCUAUGGAAGAGUGGCCCCGAGAUCUGGAUUGGCAGCAAAACAUUUCAUUGAUGUUGGUGCUGGUGUUGUAGAUGAAGACUAUAGAGGAAACUUGGGAGUUGUGCUCUUCAACUUCAGCAAAGAGACCUUCGAAGUGAGAAAAGGCGACAGAGUGGCUCAGCUUUUGUGCGAGAAGAUCUGCUACCCAGAUCUAGUGGAGCAAGAGACACUAGAUGAGACAGAUCGUGGAGCUGGAGGCUUUGGAUCAACUGGACACAAUUAAAUGCUCCUGACCAUAUAGUCAUGUGUUAAUAAAGUUAUUUUUUUGUA